AUGCGAAUUCUAUCGGUGCAUCUGGUCGUUUUUCUGAUGGUAUGGCUAUCAGCAUCACAAGCAAUAGCUGUGUCAUACGAAUUCACUCGUUGUACAAGACAAUGUGGAAAUGUUGAGAUCCCCUAUCCGUUUGGAAUUGAACCUCAGUGUUACAUGGAUAAGAGUUAUGAAGUAACUUGCAACAUCUCCUUCAGCCCUCACAAACCUUUCUUAACCAGCAUCAACAUGGAAUUGCUUCAAGUUUCACUACGUGAAGGCCAAGUUCGAGUCAACAAUCCGGUUAUUUCUUCCAAUUGUAGCAACUCAGCCCCUUCUAGAAGGGUUUAUAAUUUGUCAGGAAGCCCUUUCAUCUAUUCAAAUACUUCUAACAGAUUCACAGCCAUGGGUUGUGACAACUAUGCAAGGCUUAGUCAGGGUGGUGCUGUCGUCGGAGGUUGUCUGUCGAUGUGUGAUCGGACUCCAGGCAACACAAGUGGUUGCUAUGGCCUCAACUGCUGCCAGACCAUCAUCCCUCCUCAGGUCAAGUCAUUUGAAGCAAACAUGACAAAGAUUUUGAACAACAAUGAUGGUGAAGGGUGUAGUUCUGCCUUCAUGGUUGAGCAAGAUUGGCUUAAUUCUAAAUUUCUUAAUGAUGUGCAACCAAUGGAAUAUGUUCCUGCAAUACUCCAGUUUGGCACCUAUCAAGGGUUUUGCGAUAUAAGUAAAACUUCAGACGUUAUCCUUUGUAGCUUUGAUGGUUACUGUUGGAAUCGGUUAAGCCAAAGUCAUUGUAUUUGCAAUGGAUGCCAAGACAAUGUGGAUAGGUGCUUAGAUCCUGGGACCUAUAGCUGUCGUUUGCUCUUAGCAAUGGAGUUAGAAAUGAUCAGAGCUUCACAAGGAGCUUCUUCCACCAUUCAAGAAGGUUAUGAAGAGGUCGAUUAUACUGCAGGUGACAUUGCUGGGCCAUGGGAUACUUCAUCAACUGCAACUGGAUCAUUUUUCAAUAGUAGCACUGUAUCGGUGCAAAUAGAUAGGCAACCAUCUCUACUUUAA